AUGAUCGUCGAGCGGGCAACGGAGAAGACCGCCGACUAUCGUAUGAAUAUAGGGAUGAGGGUCGCCGUAUGGCCGAUCCGCUACCCCUUCAUCGCCGACUCUCUCCAAGGUACGAGAGAAAUCGCGAAAGAAAACACAGUCCACGUCGCUAUCGUGGACGACGAAGCCACAGUCCCGAGGACUCUGGACAACGCGAGAGAGAAAACAACCGCAAUCUCUAUCGUGAGCGACGAAGCCGCAGCCCUUCCUCUCGACAAAGCGAGAGAGGACCCAGCGACCAUUACCGUGGAGACCGAAGAAGUCCCGGUCCUGACCAUCGGCGAUAGGCCUACAGAAUGGUCCGAUAAACAACGAAAUCACGACCGAGGCUCACGUCGAAGCAAUGCCUCUGCCAAGAGCGCCAACUAUUCGCACGCCGGCAGAAAGGGGCGCAGCCAUAAGAACAAGAAUGGCAACGAAAAGCCUGAUAAUGGUCGUGGCCUUCACAAUAGGGAGCCCUCCGGGCCUUCGCAGCAUCCGAUGACGAAGGCCGAGAUCCCUACGAAGUACUGCACUUCAUGUCACAGAUCAAACCACCACCGCGGGGACAAUUGUGCGAAACCUAAGACAUUUGUCAUCGCUCGGUUCGAUACCAUCUGGCAUGAAUUUUGUCCAACGGAGACAUCCAAUAUUGCCGGAAAGGUACCAAGUACACUUAUCGAAGUCAAAGAUAUGACGUACAUUUUUGGCAAAUUCCUUGUCGAAUCGGGCAAUGAAUUCAUCAUGCAACGUGACAAGCUAGUGACCACAGUUGAUGAUUUCAUGAGAACCAAUAUACGGGGUGACAGUUACAACGCUUGGAGAGACUACAUGUGCUCCUGCGCUCUGGCCACUAAUCACCUCUUUUCCCAGGUGCGGAAAUACCUACAAGUCUACAUGGGAGAGCAACUCGACAAGAGCCUCAGAAGUCUCGCGGAAAUCGACAAAGUAAGCAUUAAUCAGGAAACGAGAUUCGAAGACAUGGACCGAUACCUUCAUUCCAUUCGCGAUGAUCAUGAGAAAAUCAAGAUAACGAGUUUGGGCGCAUUCAACCUAGCGAUCCAAGACCUUGGUUCAUUUUGGAAAUACUACCGGAUAACUCAGAAAGACCUGGUUGGACGCCUUGAGAACUUGGUCAAGGAUCAUCCGGAAUUCAAAGCAUCAGGAAAAGUCGAAGCUGGAAUCCGGAUGCCUGCCAUACUACUGCCUACUCUUGCAGAGGGACCGCCGACAACUUUCUGUCACGAAGACUACAAGUUGCCUCCGGUGGAGGCAGCCGAGCGGGCGUGGCAAGAAGCCACUCAUGAAGCCAAAGAAUAA